AUGGCAUCACCUCCGAUUGCCGGUGCCCUUCUUCAUCUUCCUCUUCCUGCAGAGCUUCCAGAGAACUGGUCGGACACCCGUGAGACCCUGCUGGAGGGCAUGGCAUUCAAUCUCAAGUACCUGGGCAUGACGCUGGUGGAGCAGCCCAAAGGGGAGGAGCUGUCUGCUGCUGCCGUCAAGAGGAUCGUAGCCACUGCAAAAGCCAGUGGAAAGAAACUCCAGAAGGUCACGUUAAAAGUAUCUCCGAGAGGAAUUAUUCUAUACGACAGUGCAUCCAGUCAGCUAAUGGAAAACAUAUCGAUAUACAGGAUAUCCUACUGUACGGCUGAUAAGAUGCAUGAUAAAGUGUUUGCGUAUAUUGCACAGAGCCAGCAGAACGAAACCCUGGAAUGUCAUGCCUUCCUCUGUACUAAAAGGAAAGUGGCACAGGCAGUUACAUUAACCGUUGCGCAGUCCUUCAGAGUGGCAUUCGAGUUCUGGCAAGCUGCCAAAGAAGAAAAGGAAAAGCGAGUCAAGUCUGGGUCAGACGGUGAAGUCGCCAGCAGUUCUCAGUCGGAAAGCUCUGCUAGUCUUGCAAGUCUGAAAGGAGGAGAGGUAGCGACUGCAAACCUGUUGGAGUUGGAAGAGGGAGCGAUAGCUGCGUUUGCCACAGUAGGUGCCAGCCACAUUGAAGACCCUUUCAUUGUGCACAACAACAGCUCCAGCGUCAAUAAUAACAUUGUAUGGGAAAUCGAUGAUGGUUUGGAUGAAGCUUUUUCAAGACUCGCAGAGUCUCGUAAUAACCCCCAGGUCCUGGACAUUGGGGUGACCACUCAGGACUUCCAGACAGACGAGUGCUUCUCUCCCACCAACUGGGACAAAACUGACGUCCAUGCUGCAGACAGAGACGACAUCUUCAGCUUUUGAGGACUGUGGAGCCACCCAGUGGACGCAACCAGUAUUGCAAUGGUGGAAUAUCACCACACAGCUGUUUUCCUUGGAGAGAGGAAUGCUGUCACCCUGUGUUUUAUCUGGGAGAACUAAAAACCAAACAAGAAGCUGUAAGAAGCUUGUAUUGAUAUAAGGGUGCACACUCGGAGGCUGUCAAUCCAAUAUGUUGUCUGCUUCCAGACUUCGCACACCAAAGCAAUAAUAAACUUACUACCAUUUUUAUCGGUUUGGAGGAGUUGUCUUGUAUCUGCAUUUUUGGUUGUCAUGAAUUUCACGUUUUAGAAGUGUGUAUCUGUACCAAAAUCACAGUUUGUUAUAUUUUUAUGUCACUGGUUUUGGUUAUUUUUAUCGAUUCAGAAAGUGUCUACAGACAUUGCAUUUAUUUUUUAUUUGUUUGAAAACACACAUUGGGUGUGUGGAACUUCUAAAAUGACUAAGUCAGUCACAUCAGGGCAAAUCUGAGAAGGUACUGCCAUUAAAAUUGGCUUUAAAACCAAAGUUAUUUUAGGUUACAAUACCUUUAAAGAUAAUGUAUAUAUAAAAGCCUCUUCAGUGUCUGUUCUGUUGUAAUUUUUAAAGUAACCCUCACUCAUAAUGCACAGACUUGAUCACCUCACAAAUUUUGUUUUCACUUUUGCAUCACAUCGUUUGAUGUAGUAUCGUGACAUUUCAAUAGCAUUACACUAGGUGUUCUAUAGAAAGCAAACAAGAGUGACCUGAAGAGAGCUUAUUUGCAUCACAGGCUUAAUGCUGUAUGUCCAGGUGGCGCUUUUCUGAAUUUCCAAACUCGUACCAUGACAUCCUGCAACUCUUUUGAGUCUGUUGGUAAGCGAAUGCCAUAAUUCUACCUGAACAGUGACUGUCAUUUCAUAUUGUUUGUGGAUUCUGGUUGAUGGGUUUUUUUUGGUUGCCAAAAUGGGGUUCAUCCCAACAUCCUAUGCAUAAGUAAAAAAAAAAUAGUUGUCAUGGAAGCACAGUGGUGGCGAGCCAGGUGAGCUGUUACAGCAGUGGUAGUAGUAGAAAUAUCGACAGCACAAAGUUCUUUGCACUUUCCCUUUUUUUUUU